AUGUACGAACAGCGAUUCCCGGAGGUAGAUCAACUGGUUAUGGCGAACGUGCGUCAAAUCGCCGAUAUGGGGGCCUACGUCCAGCUACUCGAGUACAACAAUAUCGAGGGAAUGAUCUUGCUGAGUGAACUGUCAAGGAGACGUAUCCGAUCCAUCCAGAAGCUGAUUCGGGUGGGAAGGAACGAGGUUGUGGUCGUGCUGAGGGUGGACAAGGAGAAGGGGUACAUCGACUUGUCAAAGCGUCGUGUGAGCGCAGAGGAUGUGGCAAAAUGUGAGGAAAAGUUCAACAAGUCCAAGGCUGUGCAUAGCAUCAUGCGUCAUGUCGCAGAAAGACUGAACGCCAACCUCGAGGAUCUCCUGGAAAAGUACUGCUGGCCAUUGUACCGCGAGUACGGACACGCAUACGACGCUUUCAAGAUCGCCAUCAACGAUUUUGACAAGGUUUUCGGAACUGUCGAGAUGUCGGACGAUGUGAGGAAGGAACUCCACAGCAACAUUCGCCGGCGUUUGACACCCCAGCCUGUGAAGAUCCGUGCCGACGUUGAAGUCACAUGCUUCGGCUACGAAGGUAUCAACGCGAUAAAACGUGCUCUGGCGGCCGGUGAAGAGCUCUCCACAGAAGAGGCUCCCAUCAAGGUCAAGUUGGUCGCGCCACCCAUGUACGUCGUGCAAUCGAACACACUCGAAAAGCAGGCCGGUAUCGACACCAUGGAGAAGGCGAUCGCUGUCAUUGAGGAGUCCAUCAAGAAGCAAGGUGGCAGUCUGUCCAUCAAAAUGAAGCCUAAGGUCGUCAGCGCCACCGAUGAUUUGGAGUUGGCGCAAUUGAUGGCCCAGGUCGAGCGGGAGAACGCUGAAGUGUCGGGUGAUGAUGAUGCGUCCGGUGGCGAGGAAGGCGAUGACGAAUAG